AUGGCAGCCUCCAAAUCAGUGGCAAUAGUAGGAGGUGGCAUUUCAGGUUUAGCUGCUGCUUUUCGAUUAGCAAGACGAACGAGUCCGACUAGUUACAAAGUAACCAUUUUUGAGUCGACCGAUCGUGCUGGUGGUUGGAUCCAGAGCACGGUAACUGACGAAGGCAACGUAUUAGAAGGAGGCCCUCGAAGUGUACGACCAGCUGGAUUAUCCGGCAGAGCAGCGUUAAAUUUGGUGUAUGAACUUGGCUUGCAAAAUUCAAUCAUUGCAGUGAAUUCAAAGCAUCAAGCUGUAAGCAAUCGCUACAUUUAUGUCUACAACAAAUUGCACAAACUUCCAUCUGGCUUGAUGUCCAUGUUGAAGCCAAUUUCUCCAUUCAGUAAGUCAUUAAUGUAUAUGAUCCUUCGAGAUUGGUGGAUGCAUUACGGGACUAAACCCUCAUUGAAAGAUUCGGAUGAAAGCGUUUAUCAAUUUUUUCAGCGUCGAUUUAGUACAGAGAUGGCAGAUUUUUUAGCAGAUCCCUUUUGCAGAGGAACAUCGGCAGGCGACGCGCGUAAAUUAAGCAUGAAAGCAUGCUUUCCUCAAGUCGUCAACUACGAAGAGCAGUAUGGAUCAAUUUUAGCCGGAGCAUUACUCGAUAAAGCUAUUCCAAUAAGUGAGGCUGAUUGUCCCCUUGUUUAUCAAGCGAAGAAAGAACGAUGGCGGAUGUGGACGCUGCAAAAUGGUAUGGAAACACUGGUUAACGAGUUAUUUAAACAAUUAACAAAAUGUGGAGUUAAUAUUCAACUGAAUACGAAAUGCCAGCAAAUGUCGUUUUUAUCGGAUGGUAAAGUCAUGAUUAACUCAAGUGAAGGAUUACAGGAUUUUGAUCACGUUAUAUGUGCGUUGCCAGCGAAGAAUCUUGGUGCAAUUCUAUCGUCCCAGCAUCCGACCCUUUCUAGUAAACUUUCGAAGAUUGAAAGUAUAACUGUUGCUGUGGUUAAUCUAAUUUAUGAUGAAGCUAUUCCAGCUGUAAACGGCUUUGGCCAUUUAGUACCUUCGAUUGAAAGUCCUGGAAUAUUAGGAAUUAUUUACGACUCUUGUGGUUUUCCUCAACUGGAUUCAAAAACAAAAUCUUCGACGCGAUUUAGUGUGUUGAUGGGGGGUGCAUGGUUUAGCCAAAUCCAUAAAGAAAACGCAACAGAUGACUAUUACAUACAAAUGGCAGUGAAUGCUGUUCGGAAUCAGUUGGGUGUAAAAUUAGAGCCAUCGACGGUCAAAUUAUCGAUGCAAAGAGAUUGCAUUCCGCAGUAUACAAUUGGCCAUUUACCUCUUGUUAGGCAGAUCUUUGACUAUAUUGCUAUGCAUAGCUUGCCAAUGUCAUUGGUUGGUGCUUCUUAUCAAGGUAUUGGACUAGCCGAUUGCAUACGUAAUGCAAAUUUAGCUGCUGAUAGGAUAUAG